AGUGUUGUCUCAAACAGAAACAGGGCCGAGUUUGUUCCUUGUUCUUGUUCCUGGGAGGACUCACUGACAACACUUCACGCUCUUAUAAGGCACAGAGCGACGAGAAGAGACGGACAGCUUCAGGAGUUUAUGAUUAAAUUAGCAAAAUGGGCUCAAAUCGCUCGUGUCCGCGUACCUUGUUGAGUUGUCUCCUAAUGUGCGUCACUUUAAGCUACCUGAGCAGCGGGGUGUCUGCCAAAUCAUACCGGAGACCAAACAUUGUGUUGAUCCUCACCGACGACUUAGACAUCGCUAUCGGGGGUCUGAGUCCACUGAAGAAGACGAAAAAACUAAUUGGAGAUGCAGGGAUAUCAUUCACAAAUGCAUUUGUUGCCAGCCCGCUGUGCUGCCCCAGCCGAGCCAGCAUCCUGACAGGGAAGUACCCCCACAACCACCACGUCAUCAACAACACAUUGGAGGGAAACUGCAGCAGCAAAGCCUGGCAGAAGAGCGAGGAAGCCCACACCUUCCCCGCCCUGCUGAAGACGAACGCCAGCUACCAGACCUUCUUUGCCGGGAAAUAUCUUAACCAGUAUGGCCACUCAGAGGCCGGUGGAGUGGAGCAUGUUCCUCCAGGCUGGAACUUCUGGGUCGGACUGGAGAAGAACUCUAAAUACUACAACUACACUCUGUCAGUGAAUGGAAAGGCUCAGAAACAUGGAGCAGACUACAGCAAGGACUACCUGACGGACGUUCUGGCCAACAUGUCUCUUGACUUCCUCCAGUAUAAAUCCAACUACCAGCCGUUCUUCAUGAUGGUGUCCACGCCGGCCCCCCACUCCCCGUGGACGGCAGCUCCUCAGUACCAGGACAGCUUCAACAGCACCAAGGCCCCCAGAGAGCCCAACUUCAACGUCCACGGGAAGGACAAACACUGGUUGAUCAGACAGGCUAAAACCCCCAUGAGCAACUCCUCCGUUCAGUUCCUGGAUGAUGCUUUCAGGAAACGGUGGCGAACUCUGCUGUCAGUGGACGACCUGGUGGAGAAAAUAGUGAAGAGGCUGGAGGUCAGAGGUGAACUGGACAAUACCUACAUCUUUUUCACCUCAGACAACGGCUACCACACAGGCCAGUUCUCUCUUCCUAUGGACAAGAGGCAGCUCUACGAGUUUGACAUCAGAGUUCCUCUCAUGGUCAGAGGACCAAAUAUCAAGCCCAACCAGACCACCCAGAUGCUGGUGGCGAACGUCGACCUCGGUCCGACCAUCCUGGACAUCGCCGGCCUCAACAUCAACAAGACGCAGAUGGACGGCAUGUCCUUCCUGCCCGUUCUGGAGGGGAAGGUGAACAGCAGCAGCUGGAGAACAGACAUCCUGGUGGAGUAUGAAGGAGAAGGGAGAAACGUGACCGACCCCGCCUGCCCUCUGCUGGGACCAGGAGUGUCGGAGUGCUUCCCAGACUGUGUGUGCGAGGACGCCUAUAACAACACCUAUGCAUGUGUGCGCACUGUCGCCCCCUCUGCCAACCUGCAGUACUGCGAGUUUGACGAUAACGAGGUGUUUGUAGAAGUCUACAACGUGACAGCAGACCCCUACCAGCUUACCAACAUCGCAAAGACCAUCGACCAGGAAGUCCUGGAGAAGAUGAACCAUCGGCUGAUGAUGCUGCAGUCCUGCGCCGGACAGUCGUGUCGGACACCCGGCGUGUACGACCCGAGGUAUAAAUUCGACCCUCGACAGAUGUUUACCAGCCACAGCUGGCGGCUCAGCAGACUCAGACAGAGGAUGAAAUAAGAAGAGGAACGAGGAGAUGGAUGGUGGGAGGAGACGGAGGAAGAAGGGCUGUACUGUAUGUUGUAUUCAGCCUUUCCUGCUGUUGUUGCCUUGCUGUUGAGCCAGCCCCUUUGUAGAUGGAUGGAGAAAGGAUCAGGUGGGGUCAUAUUUUGGGAAUUGGUGGGUUGCCAUAGAGACAGGAGGCCUCUCUGGCUGCAGGACCCGCCUUUAAAGCUUCCAGUUUGGGCUUCUGUUUAGUGAGUUUGUCAGUAGGUGUGCAGGGAAGCCAAAUGAUUCAGGAUGGUUUUACACUCACAAGCCAUUAAUCCUGUUUUUAUGUGUUAUUGUGUUUAUGAGCAGUCAUAUCAAUUCAAAAUCCUGAACACAAGUGACAAAAUUCCUAGAAAUGUGUCUGUUUUACUCAUCUAAACGCAGGCUGGUUUUUUGGUGCAUUCAGAUGGUCAUCGGCAGUGGAAAUUUCUGUUUAUCACCAAGAAGUUGCACUCAAAUGUUUGAGAGAGUGGUAAACAUAAGUGAUUUUCAGGAUAGACCAGUUUCUGACUUUACACUUUGAUUGUGGCCAGGUUUCCUUUCAAAUGUGAAGCAAAAGUUCACUGAAUUUUCAGAAAAUCAGCAGAAGAAAAUCAGGUUUCUGCACGUUUCCAUGAACUCCUGUAGUGUGAAUACUGGACGAUGGUUCAUUGUUCAUCCAACGCACUUUGUUUUCUUUUCUUUUUGUUGAUGAGCAUUUUCCACAUCAGCCAGUAAGUUUAAGGCGCAAAUUGAAAA